AUGGUUGCUGCGUGUAUACUGGACGAGACCGAAAUCUUCCCCACUAUCAAUGCCGACACUGACACCGUCAUCGUCAUCGCCAACGUCACCGCCACGAUUGUCACGAGCAUUCCUACGAAAGCUCAGACAGCAGUGGUUACGACUCCGAGAGCUCACCAGAGGAUUCCCCUCCAUCCUCUCCGCCCCCCCCGCCGGCGGCGACGAAAACGACGACCGCGACGAAUCAUCGAAAUUGGAACACCGGUCGAAAGACGCAUUCACGUUCGCCGUCCGACACAUGGGGAAUCGGAAAUGAUGCGCAGGCCUGAGCGCUACAAGGAUUCCACCGAGCACGAGUGGCGGGAAGAGCUCACCAACCUCAUGGCUGAAGAACGUGAGGAGAUGUCGUGGGGGCGCCAUCAUUUGAUGACAAUGCCACGUUAUGAAAAGACUGGCUUCAUCUACAAAGACACCGAGGAGAAGAAAGAUCGUUUGGACCGUCUCAACGAGUAG